CCAAACGAGUCAACAACCACUUUACACGGCAUGACUCGUGAGCUAAAGAAAUAAGGUCUAUAAAUAUUUCUAUAAAAAAUUAAUGAUAGUAAUCCAGUCGAAUUUUCUGUUCCAAAUCAAGUGGUUGCGAGAUAUUAAUCCCUAUAAGUAGUACUUCAGAAGCUCGAUCAAAGGCCCUGCUCACAUACAGCAAUAUUAAUGGAUCUAUCCGAAAUCAACGAGUUACGCAUGGCUGCUUCAGCUUACUACAACAAUGCCCCCCCGGAACUUCAAAAUCUAGCAUGGGCCUUCUUUAAGGAGAUGGAUAUGAAUGGGGAUGGCCGAGUCAGUUUGGAUGAGUAUUUCACGUUCUUCCGAGCAUGCGGUUACACCUGGAUAGACUGCAACAUGUUCUGGGCAUUGGACCUCGACAGAGACGGUCGCUUGGAUUUCUACGAUGUCCUGGCGUUGUACUACUUCAUGAAAACACGUGUGCGGUGCCGAUGCUGCGGGGUGUGGCUAAGGAGGAUGUAUUUUACAUGCCUCGAAUGCUUUGACAGCGGUGGCUAUACCUACGAUCUCUGUCCCGCCUGCUAUGCACGCGAAGAAUUAAUUGGGUUCCAGCACGGGCGGAAUGUUCAUGGCAUUGUUCGCAACAUCUUCUUAGAUAGCUAUCUCUUGCUACGGGCCAGGAGAGGCCGGAUGCCCGCUGCUCCUUCAAAUAUGAGUCUGGCACUAGCUCCUCAACCUCCUCCUCAACAUCAACCUGCAAGGCCUGAUUGGUGGAAUGUACUUCACUUAUUGGAUGUGGCGAUAAACGCUGCUAGUCUUUGCAGCAUCAUGUGAUAUUGAUAUAGAGUAGUGCUACAUAUACUUACACUUUUAUUUAUAAGACUCAUUUUGUUAGUUUUAUUUUGAAUUUCAAAUUUUAUGAUUUUCAACGUAUCAAUAACUGACAUGUGGAGAAGAAAGUUUUU